AUGGCAGCCCUCAGGGAAGCAAUAGCUCUUUUAUCAAAUCCAGCUCCUGUUUUCCAAGAUCCAGAAGAUAAUGAAGAUGACACUGAUGCCAAAGUUGUGAGUAAAUCUAUUGAGGAUGAAGAAGAUAAUGCUGAAGCAAGUCAUGUAUCAAGCCUCCGUAAAAAGACUGCAUUAUCAACGGCAGAUUUGGGUGAAAAAUAUGCUGGAAAGAAAACAUCUCGAAAGAAACUAUCACAAUUUGGUGAAAGUGAUAAUGAAGAGGAAUCUGAUGAUGAAGAUGACGAAGAGUUUGAAGAUUUGGAGGACCAUUCAGAUUCUGAAUCUGAAUCAGAAAACAAUGAUGAAGACGAUGAAGAUGAAGAGGAUAUAAAAUCAUUCCAGAAUAAAAUCAGUCAAGUUUCACAGCCUUCCAAGUCUUCAUUCAGCUUUGCUGAUGAUGGAGACUAUAGCAAAUAUGCUGACAUGGAUCAGGAUGAAGAUGAAAGUGAGGGAAGUGAUGAUGAGAGCAAUGAAAAUGAUGAGGAUGAUAGCGAAGAUAUUGGAGAUAGUGAAGAUGCUGGAGAUGAAGAUGAAGAUGACAUGGAGGAAAGUAUGAAUGGCAAUGAAGAGAUGACUAAGUUUUCUAAAGCGGAUGUCAACCUUGAAAUAGAGAAGGGCAAAGCUGCCAAAGCACAAUUAGGUAUUUGGGAUUCUUUACUGGAAAAUCGAAUUAAACUACAGAAAGUUGUUGGAUUGGUGAAUCAACUUCCUCAACCUGAUACCUGGGGCACAUUUGAGGACAACUCGGAAAAGGGGGACAACUUUACACAGACAUCUUUAACAGCCCAAGCCAGUCUUCAGAAUCUCCUGGACAAACUACUACAGCUCCAGACAGUCCUUCUGCUUCAGAACACAGAGACACGACACAUCGCUAUGGGAACAAAUUCUUCGGCAAAGUCUGUCAAGGAAGCGAGGUCUGAGGAAGAUGAUGAGGAGAUCACUAGUGAGUCUGAAACUGAGGAAGCCGAAGACAACAUCAAGUCACUCAUACAGAAAACUGGGGUCAAACGCAAGUUAACACUGGAUGAGUACUCGGAGACUCUGACGAAAAAACAUAAGGACUUCCUUGGAUUUAGAAAUACAGCAAUACAGAAAUGGUAUGAUCGUACUCGACUGGUCAGUGGUAAGGUCAACAGCAAAUCUUUCAGUAGCUUUGACCAGUCUGCUCUGAAACAGAUAGAACAAAUUCUUGGUGACAAAGAACGUCUUAUAAAGAGGACACAACUGAAGAGGUCUGUGUUCAGAGUUCUAGGGACAGUGGAGAAUGCUGAUCAAGAGGAGAUAACUCCUGAUAAACAAAUUUCGACGGAUUUAGACAACCUGAAGAAUUAUGAUCCAGAAAUAUUUGAUGAUAGUGACUUUUACCAUCAACAAUUACGAGAAUUGAUAGAGCGAAAAGCUGCAGACACUGACAACCCAGUAGCCCUUAGCAGACAUUGGUUAGAGAUUCAAAAACUCAGAAAAAAGGUCAAGAAAAAUGUUGACACAAAGGCGAGUAAAGGUCGUAAAACAAGAUAUGAAGUCCACAAGAAGCUGAUCAACUUUAUGGCACCAGAGGACCGGUGUUCAUGGACAGAUGAAUCAAGGGAUGACCUUUACAAGUCGUUGUUUGGAAAAAGAUUCCAGCAGUCUUCAUCAGCUCCUGAUGCUGAGAGCAGCUCCACUGUGAAGUGAAAAAGUCUACAAUUCCAUUUUCCUCACAUUAUUAUAGUCAAUAAAAAAUAAAUAUUGUAUGUUA